AUGGCGACCCAGAUUACCAGCCGCUUCGCCGGCCACGGCGACGCCUGCGUCAACGGCGGCGUGCGCAGUGACAGCCGCAACCAAGAGGGCGGACACGAUGCGUGCCAUGAUCCCAGAACCACCGAGACCACCAUUGGGGAGGUCUAUGACAACUUUGCGGAUAGCUACGAGAACACAAUAGAGGAGACAAGACUUCGAAGCUUUCAGCGCGAGGUUUUUGCGCAGUUCCCGCAUCACGGAUUCACUCUCGACCUGGGCUCAGGCACGGGGGUUGUGGGAAUGUUGAUACGCCAGUCACCCCUCAACGCAUCCUCGACGCAGUCCAGAGUUUACGUUCACGGCGUUGAUGUCUCCACCCGCAUGCUCAACACACCGUGGUGUGUGCGCUAUUACGACUCAACGCAGCAGGGCUUCAUUCAGGACAUCCUCAUGGACCCCGACGCGUCCUGGCUGCAACAAGCCGUCCAACCCGGAGCGGCCCAGAGCUGCAGCGUCUCUGGGCCGGCAGUCGACCACAUCACCUGCUUUGGCGCGCUGCACUUUCUGAGCCCCAAACAGUUCGAAGCCGCGCUGAGCCGCAUGUUUGUGCUGGCCCGCCGCAGCGUCAUGUUCGACAUCGACGAUAUUUGCCCCUUUUACAUGCAAUACAUUCUCGAGAAACUUGGGGAGGGUUUUAGGAACUAUAAUCACAUGGCUGCGUACCGCAAGUUCGGGACGCCGCCCGGUUGGGUCAAGGUCGUGGAGGAGGAAGCCGUACUCUACCACUCGCCGAAUGUUGGGGUUGAUAUGAGGGGUGUCUUGGUAAGGUUUGAGCGGGUGGAGUGA